AUGGUCACGCAAGGGCGCACGCGCCAAGGGAGAUCACUCUCACGUCGUACAAAUAAAACCGAGUCCAAGAGACAGUAUGACUCCAGUCUACUGGCAAAAGCUGUAGGUGCUGUUAAGGCCCGAAAGCUUAAUCCAACAACAGCUGCUAAAGAAUAUGGUGUCCCUAGGCAGACAAUAGUGGACAAGCUAAAUGCCAAAUAUGGUAAAAAUACAUCUGGACCUAGCCGCAUGUUGCUAGAGGAAGAAGAAACUGCCUUAGUGGAGUACAUCAAAUACAUGGGCCAACGAGGAUUCCCUCUUAAUAGACAGCAUUUAAGGAGUUAUGUGAUGGAGAUAAUAAACAGAUCACACAGAGAGUCGCUGUUCAACUUGGAGAAAGGUCCUUCUGACAAAUGGUGCAGAACAUUCAUCAACAGUCAUAAGGAAUUAGCAGAAAAGACCCCACAAGUCAGAGAUAGGGGCAGGACAAGAAUGUCAAACAAAACCGUUAUGGACAACUUUUUCAAGAAGUAUGAGGAAACACUAGACAAUUUAGGUCUAAGAACAAAGCCAGGAUUGAUUUAUAACUGUGACGAGACUGGUUUUGUCGACAAACAGGGAAAUACCAGGAAAGUGAUAGGAGAAAAAGGUCGCCCUUGUAUCCAACAACAGGUUCACACAAUAGACCACGUAACAGCCCACAUGUGCGCGAGUGGAGAGGGAACCAUGCUACCGUCAUUUUUGAUAUACCAAAAAUCUCUUCCCCACAGGCCGUAUAGAGAAGAUGUGCCCAGAUCCUGGAUGUUUGGUGUUUCUGAGUCAGGAUACAUGGACACAGAUUUGUUCCAGAUAUGGUUCAAAAAUAUUUUUUUGAAAUACUGUUCCAAGGAAAGACCUGUUCUAUUAUUACUAGAUAAUCAUGACAGUCACAUAUCAAUACCAGUUAUUGAUAUGGCUAGAGCAGAGCGUGUUGAAAUCCUUGCCUUCCCAGCACACACCACGCAUUUGCUCCAGCCCCUUGAUGUGAAUAUCAUUGGGCCUAUGAAAGAAAAGAUGAAGUCACUGGCCACCUCGAUGGCAAUCAUAAAUACAAACCUCUGUAUCAGUAAGGCCAAUUUGCCAGCCCUAUUAGCCUAUGCCAUAGAUCAAACUUGCUCCCCCGCACUUGUGAAAUCUGCAUUUAGAAAAUCUGGCCUUAUUCCUUUGAACAAGGAUGCCAUAGACAAAUCCCAUCUGUUGCCAGAGGAUUUCCAAAAAAGCAGUGAUACCUCAAGGAAUGUCACUAAUUCUAACAAAGAAGCAGGAGAUGAUAAGACAUGUAACAGCAAAACAAAUUCAUGCUCAACAUGCGGUGCGAGUACCCUUCCCCAUCCAAUACAGGCAGUGAGGAAACUUCCCCCAGUUUUGCAAAGUAUAUUUGUUACUCCAGCUCUGCCAUCCAAAGCAACAAAAAAACGGCGUGUUGUUACAGAAGCUAGGGUUAUCACUGGGGAUGAAAUGUUAGAUCAGCUAAGAAAGAAGGAAAAAGAGGAGAGAGAAAAGCGAGAAGGAAUUGAAAAGAGAAAGAAAGAAAGGGAACAAAAACGAAAAGAAAGAGAGAAUGAAAAGGCAGAGAAGGGUAAAAAGAAAGAUAAGAGUGCAUGUAAAACUGCAGACUUAGAUGUUGAGGAAUAA